CGAGAGACGACCGGCCGGCCCGCCCCCCGGAAACGCGCCAGCCUCGGGGGCCGAAGAGCCGACUCGGGUCGCGGGGGCAGCGGUUCUAGAGCCCGUGGUGACCGCGGAGGGGAGCCGGCCGCGCGGGCGCCCAGCAUGAACGGCUACAGGGUCCUCCGAGAGAUCGGGCAGGGCUCUUUCGGCAGAGCCCUCUUGGUUCAGCAGGAAGACAGCAAUCGGAUGUUUGCCAUGAAAGAAAUAAGACUUCCCAAGUCUCACUCCGAAACACAGAAAUCUAGGAAGGAGGCUGUUCUGUUGGCCAAUAUGAAACACCCCAAUAUUGUUGCCUUUAAAGAGUCAUUUGAAGCUGAAGGGCAUCUGUAUAUUGUGAUGGAAUAUUGCGAUGGAGGGGACCUCAUGCAGAAGAUAAAACAUCAGAAGGGAAAGUUGUUUCCUGAAGAUAUGAUACUUAAUUGGUUUACACAGAUGUGCCUUGGAGUAAAUCACAUUCAUAAGAAACGUGUGUUACACCGAGAUAUCAAGUCCAAGAAUAUCUUCCUCACCCAAAAUGGAAAAGUGAAACUGGGCGAUUUUGGAUCUGCCCGUCUUCUCUCCAAUCCCAUGGCGUUUGCUUGCACAUAUGUGGGAACACCUUAUUAUGUGCCCCCGGAAAUUUGGGAAAACUUGCCGUAUAACAAUAAAAGUGACAUCUGGUCCUUGGGAUGCAUUCUCUAUGAACUCUGUACCCUUAAACAUCCAUUCCAGGCAAAUAGUUGGAAAAGUCUUAUCCUUAAAGUAUGUCAGGGGUCCAUGAGCCCACUGCCAGCCCAUUAUUCCUAUGAGCUUCAGCAUCUCAUCAAGCAGAUGUUUAAAAAGAAUCCUUCACAUCGUCCUUCUGCGACUACGCUUCUCUCCAGGGGCUCUUUAGCUCGGCUCAUCCGGAAGUGCUUACCCCCAGAGAUCAUCACAGAAUAUGGUGAACAGAUAUUAGAAGAAACCAAAAAAUCUAAGCAAAGUACACCAAGAAAAAAGGAUCCCAGCAGAAUUAGGAUAGCCUUGGAAAAUGAAGCCAGCACAGCGCAAAGGGAAGAACUAGGGGGAAAGGGUAGCCACAGUGACAUAGAAAGCAUUAAUACAAACCUGGCUGAUAGUGCCUUGAGGAGAGUAAACAGAGAAGAGAAAGCAGACACUAAAGCAGCCCAUCCAAGGAAAGCCAGUUCACCAGCUCCUGUCCGGGGACACUGGGAGAAAAAUGUAUCUGGUUCCGCUCUCAGAGCUUUGGAAAAUGCAUCCAUUCUCACCUCCAGUUUAACAGCAGAGGAUGAUAGAGCAGGUGGUUCUGUAAUAAAGUACAGUGAAAAUAAUGCCCGUAAGCAGUGGCUCAAAGAGACGCCCGAAACCUUGAUGAACAUUCUGCAGAACGCUGAUCUCAGCCUGGCAUUUCAGACAUACACAGUUUAUAGACCCGGUGGAGAGGGGUUCUUUAAAGGCCCCCUGUCUGAGGAGACAGAAGCAUCAGACGAUGUUGAUGGAGGUCACGAUUCUGUCAUCUUGGAUCCAGAGAGACUUGAACCUGGGCUGGAUGAGGAGGACACGGACUUUGAGGAAGACGACAGUCCGGACUGGGUAUCGGCGCUGAAACAGCGAGCUGGCUGGCAAGGAGCGUGUGAUGGAUAACGCCCAGUGGAGGGUUCCUUAGUCACAGUGAGGGCAUGUUUAACAUGAGGAAUUGAUAGUUGGAUAAUAAUUAGCUCAUGGGAUGUAUAUUUUCCUUUGGAAACAGGAUGAAGAGGGAAACUGAAUAUUUAAAAUUGUUUUGGUUAGUAUGAUAAGGUAUAAAAAAAAAAAAUCUAGAACUCCUAUGCGUGUUUGAAUUCAAAAGAGAAGGCAUGAGCGGAAUGGAUCUGGGGUUUGGCCUUUGCAGUCAGAAAUAGAAAUUGAAUGUGACCACUUACUGCUUGUCUGAUGGUGGGAACUUAUUUAACCUCUUUGAGCCUGAAGUUCCUCAACUACAAAACGAGGCUAAGAAUGCCUGCCUCAUAGGGUUGCUGGCCUUGGUCCAUUACAGCCGCCCGUAAUGUUGUUAUUUGCGUUGUUAUGCUUUGUGCUUAUUACUUUGUAGCUCUUUUUACAUCUACUAAAGUUUUGAGCAUCUAAAUAUAUUAAUUAUAAUGUAA